GCAUUAACAACAUUGAUGCUCAACGGCUAUGCUUCUGCCCGAGGUUGUAAAGACAACUUGAACGCAUCUAGGCAAAGCCCUUGUCCGGAUUUUGUGGCUUUUGAUUGGUCGAGCUGUUCGCCCAUCAACUCGGAACCUCCCACACAACAGCGGCGUCAGGGAACAGGUUGGAAAGAGCAGGAGGUUUGUAGAAUCAUAUACUGGAUCCAGGUUGUCAGCGGACCUAAGACACAAGCUGGUGAGAAUUUUAUCAAGCUGUGUUUGUAUGAAGGUCUCAGCGCAGCGUGGGUGCCCAGGGAUCCACUGCCUGAGUGUGGCGAGAGCAGCGGCCAAGACCCCAGAGACAUGAACUACACCAAGGGUGGCCUGGUCAUUUUCACCGCUAACUCGCACCCCUCUAGCCGCGAGCUGGGAAAAAGGAUCUCAGAGAGGUUAGGGGUGGAGCUUGGCAAGGUGCAGGUAUACCAAGAAGCUAAUAGAGAAACACGGGUACAAAUCCAGGAGUCGGUACGAGGCAAAGAUGUUUUUGUGAUCCAGACGGUGUCCAAGGAUGUGAACACCACUAUAAUGGAGAUGCUGAUCAUGGUGUACGCAUGUAGGACAUCAUGUGCUAGAAGCAUCACAGGCGUCCUCCCUUACUUCCCCUACAGCAAGCAGUGUAAGAUGAGAAAGAGAGGCUCCAUUGUCUCUAAACUCAUUGCCUCGAUGAUGUGUAAAGCUGGUCUCACGCACCUGAUCACCAUGGACCUCCAUCAGAAAGAGAUUCAAGGCUUUUUCAACAUCCCAGUGGACAAUCUGAGAGCCUCACCUUUCCUGCUGCAGUACAUACAGGAGGAGAUCCCUGACUAUAGAAAUGCUGUGAUUGUAGCCAAAUCCCCAUCUUCAGCUAAAAGGGCACAGUCAUUUGCUGAACGGUUGCGUCUGGGUAUAGCAGUGAUCCACGGAGAAGCUCAGGACGCAGAGUCUGACCAGGUAGAUGGACGACAUUCCCCGCCUACUGUCAAGACCACUGGAGCCAUUCACCCCAGCAUGGAGAUACCAUUGUUGAUCCCAAAAGAGAAGCCUCCAAUCACUGUGGUAGGAGAUGUAGGAGGGCGCAUCGCCAUCAUAGUGGAUGAUAUCAUCGACGAUGUUGACAGUUUUGUGGCGGCGGCAGAGACGCUAAAAGAAAGGGGGGCCUACAAGAUUUUUGUCAUGGCAACACACGGUAUCCUCUCUUCUGACGCCCCCAGGUUCAUAGAAGAGUCUGCUAUUGAUGAGGUGGUGGUGACCAACACAAUUCCCCACGAGCUGCAAAAGCUCCAGUGUCCAAAGAUCAAGACAGUAGACAUCAGCAUGAUCCUGUCAGAGGCCAUUCGCCGCAUUCAUAACGGGGAGUCCAUGUCGUACCUGUUUCGCAAUAUAGGCGUGGAUGAUUGAAUAGCCUGACACACACGUGUACCACUUGCCUUGUUAGAAAUCUCCGGAGACAUGAAUGAAAAACAUAUACACAAGAUUCUGUUUCACCUGUGUAACACAAUUGUAAAGACUAAGCCUUUCCUCUGAGUGCAGCUUAACAUAGAAGGUGACUGAAAACAAACACACAUGUUGGUUGAACACACUGACUUUUUGUCCUUAACGGACGACUGACUGUCUCCAGUGACCCUUGUCACUCAGGAAACACCUACCUUUUUUUCCUCCAUUUCUGUACCUGUAGUUCGAUUUUCAUCUCCUCUACAUUUUUCUGUGUUUUUGUGAAAAUGAAUGUUAAUCUUCAAUUUAAAUGUGUUUGAACAUACUUGUUAGCACUGAAUGCUGGUUUCUGAUAUUAGUAAAAGAGAUUGUACUGCUAGAGUGCCAGUGCCUUCUACAGGACAAACUCAACACACAGGCCUUCAUUACUCUGCUACACAACUGUGUCUCAGCUCAUGUUACUAACUCAUAAUGGCUAUUACAAUUAAUCCAGGAAUAUGCAGGUUUCCAUUUUGUUAGCUUGUGUAGCAUCUCAGAGUUCAUGUCAUUUUUUAUGUUGUGUGAAAACAAUUGAUUUAGACUCCUACCAAUUAGCCACAUGUCUGUGGUUGCCAUAGCACACUGAUGCUAAUCUGGUGUCAUAUCUACUAAUUGCUAAAGCUGAAGUGGAAGUAAUACAGGAAAUCCUCUCUCAGUCAACUUAAUGGUCUGCUACCAAUCCUUUAUGGAAUUACAUCUGUGUAAUAUGUAUUCAUAAGUCAUCCAUAUAAUGCUGUGUGCCAUUUUUUUCCUCAUCGGAUUUGAUGUUUGUUCUUGCCACAUAUGAGCAGCUUCCUUACAGCUGGAGAGGUGUGUGUGAGGUACCAUGCAGAUCUGUCCAAAAACAAGUCACCGGUUUUACUGUCUGGUCAAAAGUAGACAGUCAUAAUAAUUUAGAAAUAUGUAAUUUAAUCUCAUUACAUAAUUUGGAAACCUAUAUCAGAAACAAACUCCAACUAAGGCUGUUAGAAGUGUAAUCUGAAAUGUAUUAAGUAAAACUUGACUGAAGCGGGUCUUUGUCACUUUACCAGACAUGUUCCAAGACUGUUUUGUAUUUAUUUUCAGCAAGAAAUAAGAAUAAAGAUCACCUAAGAAAAAGUA